ACAGGGCGGUAGCAGUGGGUCUAGGAGCUCGUGUAUGCUGUCUCAUUUGUCCAGCGUCGAGCGGCCGCAUUUUGCAAGUUUGCCAUUUUUCGUCUGCACUGCGGAGUAGUGAGCGCGUUGGGCAAGCGGCGCCGGCGGAACUGCUUCACAAACGACCUCUUGCAAACGUUGCUGUAGGAACCACCACUGGGCUUAGACAUGUCUCUGUCUCCCAUUGAGAAGCUUCGCCACCAGUGCCUCCAGCGUGGCGCUCACGGCAUCAAGGGAUUCGCACGGCAGUUCCGCAUCAUGGACGACUCGGGAGACAAGAAGCUCGACAUGGAAGAGUUCAAGAAGGGCUUGCAGGACUUCAAGGUGUUCCUGAGCCCCAGCGAGGUGGACGCCCUGUUCAAGGACCUCGACAAGGAUGGCAAUGGCACCAUCUCCUUCAACGAGUUCCUCGUUGCGCUCAGGCCUCCAAUGUCAGCGGCUCGUCUGGAGCGCAUCACACAGGCAUUCCACAAGAUGGACAAAUCUGGAGACGGAAUCAUCAGUGUCCAUGACCUCAAGGGCGUGUACAACGCUCGGCAGCACCCCAAGUACCAGAACGGGGAGCUCACUGAGGACCAGGUGUUUGAGCUCUUCCUGAAGAACUUUGACAGUCCCAAUGACCCCGAUGGCAAGGUGACAAUCGAAGAAUUCGUCAACUACUAUGCGGGCGUGAGCGCCUCCAUUGACACGGAUGCCUACUUCGACCUCAUGAUGAGGAAUGCCUGGAAAAUCUGAGCAACUCAAGAAAAAAGAAAUUGAGUCCACCCUUGUUUGGCCACGUGACCCUUGCCACUAGUCACGUGAUGCACAGCUGUCACAUGUGCUUUUUGUCCCGUCCCGGCUGAAACCGUCGUCGUCGUGCAGACAUCCUCUAACACGUAAUUCGUCUUAACAAUUCUCUUUCAGCUUCAUGUGUUGCGCUUUUUAUUGACAGGCCUUUUGUUAUUCAGGGCAUCUUAUCGUUUGCAUCCAAGUCUUAAUUAUUAAUUUUUUUUAAACCUUUAUACGUCUUAUCUGUACUAUACAUUUGGAAAGGUUGUUUACUUGUGUUUUUCAUGACGUGGUAAAAGAAAAAAUAUCUUAAUGCAGGCAGUGGGUAAACCCACGUUUAAGUUGCUGUGCUGACCAAAUGGGAUUAUGUGCUUGUGUCACCACUAUAUACAUGUUUAUGACAAUAUCGGUGAGAAAGCUGGUGCUUUUUGUUUUGUUUCCUUUCGUGCUGUGACGGAUCUCCUGGUGCGUAGUACCAUCUGAAAUUUUUGCUUAAGUCACACAUAAGUGCCCGAAUCCAUCUGUUAAGUGAGCUGAUGCAUAGAGAAGCUGUGAAAUUAGGCCUAAUUAGGCCUAAUUUCCAAAGAAGCUUCUGUAGCCUUCAGCUAUUGACUCAUUUUAGAAUGAAGAUUUAUAGGACAUUAUAGGUUUUGUGAAGUAGUUUGUAGCUUUUUAAGUUGUUCCACCCAGUGAGUUGUUGUUUACCUCCAGCAGAACCAAAAAAAGAAAGAGUACAGUGUAACCACAAACUCAUCAGGUGGAAAGUACAGUGAAGAAGUUGUCGUCAGAUGUCUAGGAAGAAGUUUGUCAGUCAUUUUCAUUUUGACGUUUGGAAUGCAUUGGAGAAUUCGCAGGGUUGCUUCUAAACGUUCCUAAACCUAGUUGGAGUCUUAUAAUGACUUAACUACAGGACCCAAAGUGAUUAUUUUUUCUAGAAAAGACAUUCCAGUGUUUGUUAUGUUGUUGAAUUUUUCAAGUUAAACAUGAUUUCAAUGUUGAAGUGGUUGUUUCAGAGCAAGUUGACAUUUAUCAUUCCUGUCGGUAAUGGAUUGGCUUGUUAUUUGACAUGCUCCGAGGUACCGCGUGCAAUGCGAUACCUGUGAUGUACUGCGUGUUGAAAUUUAAGGCGUUGCACAGAACUAGGAUUUGGUAGUGGCAUUGUUUUAUUACUGCAUGGAAAUUCAUUGCCAGCUGGCACCUAAAUGACUCACACAUGUUGUCAUUGACAUCAGCCAAAACUUGUUGUCAAGCGAGUUACUCAGAUCAUGUUGUGCAUAUUCCUGCAAAAAGAAUCUUCACGUGUUGUUUGCUGUGACACCUUUUCAAUCUACACAAGUUGAAAUGCCAAGGUGCGUUAGGUGGCAAAGUGCUUGCCCCUUUUGUGGACACGUUUAGCCAUCUUCAGCAACAUUCCUAGUGCGAAUAUUGUGAACAUUCUAUGCACUGUUUCCAGGGUGCUCACAUAGUACCAAGCGUUGCUUGCCAACUUUUUGCUGCCAAUUUGCCCUUUACGGAAGACUACCUAUCAUGUGUUAUACAGGAUUUAUGGAAUGUUCUAGUAGUGUUACAUUCGAAUGCAGAAGUUCUUUCUUAUCACGUCCGCAACAGCUGUACCAUCUUUUGUUGCACCAGUCGCAGUUCUUAAAGGGCCCCUCAUUAGGCCCCACAGCAAAUUUUGUUUAUAUGCUGGAAGUUGUUACGUGUCCUCUAGGGAGCUUUCUGCCGCAGAAAUUUCUCAAAUCGGCUCAUUAAUAGCCUAGAUAGAAAUAUUUCAGUGCCGUGAACCCAUGAUAUCAGCAGGCGGGCUCCACUGCCAAGCAAGACGCUCUCUCCACUCGCCCCGUCUAGCCUUCGCAAGCGAAAUUCCUUUCGUGCGUUCUCGCAUACCAGACCUCGAGGAUCGCGAGACGCAUAUGUCACAAUGACGCAUACCUUCACUUGUUUUGUUUUUUUGUUUUGUUUUUUUUUCCCACCACUACACGUUUCCGCUGAUGGCGUGCGUUGCUCACAUGCUGUUGUCUCAUUCGCGCAGCGCACGAUUUUAUGUGCUGUGCACAAGGAAACAUGACUAGUGGUAUAAUUCAGUGCUUCACGAAUACUGAGCAGAACAAGUGGAUUGCAGAGCAUAAUUAGGCGCUGGAGCACGGUAGAAAAUGGCACGGCUUCGGUACCUACACAUGUGACCACGGGACCAUGGGAACAAGCAGACGAAAUGGAAGUACAUCUCUCUUCCUUCGGCGCAAAGUAAAACAAAAACACGCAGACAUUCCGUUUGUGUGUUUUAUUAUUUUUCUAAACUUCAGUUCGUCAAUUCAAGCAACAGAUUGCACAGAUAACAGAUGUUGUCUUGAAUAAUUCUUGAAGUCACGUGUCACCACGAGCGACGUCACACUGUUGAAAUUUCAGGUCUUUCCACGGUGCUUAGCGAUAUAAUACUUUGCAGACAUGAUCGUUAUUGCUCAAUGUAUGCUCUGCGCUUGUCAGCGCAAAAUGGCCAGGCCUGGUGAGGGGCCCUGUAAUGCAUACUAUUUUAGGACAGUCUUACAUGUUCAUCCGCAUCAAGAUGGAACAGGCUGCUUGACGAGCAAGUAUCUUCCCAAAAUGAACAGUUAUUUAUAUGCAGUGCCAUUCUUAAAUGAAGAAUGAAAAUAAGGAAACGUAUGGAAAUCUACUAGCUGCACUUUCAGGUCGGUGCCAUGUGCAAGGCAACGCUUGAUUAGCUGUUCUGGUGACUGUUACCACUCAAGCAAGUUCACCGCUGCUCAGUGAAUUAAUGAUCACUAAAGCACUUCACUGUACUGCUCAUUGCGAAAUGGCACAUUGCUCACCCACACAAAAGGACUCGGUGCAGUCAGGCACUAUUAGCACAACUUGUUGCCUACGUAACGAAGGUCUUCUGCGUUCGAAUCUCGCUUUAAGCCAUUUACGCUGCAUAGCUCAGGUCAUGCUGAGAUGGCUUAAAUAGCAAGUUGCAUUUAAGGAAACCUUUUAAGCUCACAGACUGGCUGCAACAUGGUUCUAACUCUUGUUCAAGCCACAGUUCUGACAUAGAUACUGCCUUGCCAAUUUUACUCAUGACGUUUCACAAGCUAGCUGUUGUGCCAAGCUGUUAAUGGUGACAUGAAAGAGGGGGACAAGAAAGAAGUUUAAGGAUUUCUAUACCUCCUUUGGUAAUGUCUUCGGGGCAUACACAUUCUCCGAGGGCACUUUGAACUUCCCUAUGACAUUGCGUGCAAGAGCACUCUGCUUUUGGUGUCUAGUUGCACACUUUCCUUGCUGUUACUGUUGCUGUGAGUUGCAGUUUUAAUGCAUCUUAAGCAAGUCAGGACAGGAUGCAGUGACGCUAAACAGCGUUCUUAUUCUUUAAAAAGGCAGACACAUGUGCAGUGUUGUCACCCCACCCCCCCCCCCCCCCUGCCGAGUGAAACUUGCACUGAACCGUUUAAAAUUUGCUAGAACAUGCUGCAUAUUUCUGUGAAAUGUCAAACAAAUUGCCAAAGGAAUUUGAUUCCAAAUUUGCUUUCAGUAAUCUGCUAUCCGUUGUAAGUGACGUUAUGCCAUUAAACAAGGUUAAAUCCUCUAUAUCCGGCAGGAAAUCAGCUAAAUUGACAACACUGUAUGUGGUCGCGUUUUUAAUGGCAGCCUAUAACAGUGCAGCAUCGAAAGACUCAUUUGGAGUCGAUAAAAGGCUCACGAUUGUCCCGUUUUGAACCGCCCUGUUGUUGCAUGCCAAAAAAUUCGAUGUUUCUUCCUUUAAUGGCUCCACCAAUGCGCAUUGAGUCUGCAUAGUUGGCAACUUGAACAAUGCACACUAUAAUAAACAGAUAUUAUGUGGUAAAGUUAUGUGGCCUGCCUACUCCUGCAGUCUAGUUAUUUUACAGUUGCAAGUGUAUAUGUCAGGUCACUGAAUUGUGAAGCGUAUGGCUGUUUGAUUGACACUGGUGUCAAUGACCGCAUUGUUUUUAUCUUACGAAACUCAAGCAAUCUGAUGCUGAAAUAAUUGGCUUGAAGUGCACAUGAUUAUUUUCAGUUCAUCUUAGCAUGCAUUGUGUAAGCUUUUUGUUGUAUAUGGUGCUUUAAAUAGCUGUAGAAGUAAAGACAUGAAGAUGCUGCUGCAAGCGAGAUUUCGUGAAAGGUUUCUAAGCACAAGCUCUGGUUGGUGGCGGCAAAGUCUGUUGUAGGUACGUAACUCUGUACCAUUCCACUCUUGGGUGCAAUAUCCCUUGGUUACACUACUUUUGUUACGGUCUCAGGAUGUUUUAUGUUUUCGUUAUUCUCGUAGGUGUGCCUCGUCCACCACGUUCUUGUUAUUGUCAUUUCUUUAUACUGCUGUCUUCAACUCUAGCAUGCAUCUCAUUUUGGAAUCCUUGCUUAGAGCACGCAAAAGCGGUAAGCGCACAGUUCUCGUACAUUACGUACCGCCUUGUUAAUUUAUUUUCGGCACGCUUAGAGCACGUGUUUUUCUCAAAGCUGUUUUGCCUUUAUGAUCAAAAUAAAAAAAAGCUUCUGAAA